AUGAGUAGUAAAUCAGACAGAGAAGAAGAGAAAUAUAAAAGCAAAAAUAAAGAAAAAUAUUAUAAAUAUGGAAAAGAUGACAAGAAAAGAGAUAUUAUAAAUAAAGAAAAAUAUAAAUACCAGUAUGAAGAACAUAGAUCAAAAAAGGAUUAUAUAAAAAAGAAAGAGAAACAUCAUACAAAAGAUUUUGAAAAAGAAAAUAUAAAAAAAAAAAAAAUGUUAAAGGAUAGUAGUAAAGAAGAAAUAGACACGCAAGAAAGUGAUAUAUCUAACAACUCAAAGAAAAAUAAUAAGGAUGAAUUGGUUGAUAUUAAACAAACGAAGGAGAAUGCAAUGAAUAAAAAUAUCGUAAUGAAAAAAAGAAAAAGGAAAUCAUCAUCAAUUAGUAAAGAUAAUCAUUAUAAAAAUGAAGAAGGGGUAAGCAAAAAAUGGAAGGUUAAAAGAAGUUGUGACGUUAAAAAGAAGAAAAAAGAUAAUUCGUCCAAUAGUAAUCAGAGUUCAAGUGAGGAUAUGUCAGACGUUAUGAAGAACAAACGAUAUAGUAAUAAAUCUAGUGGUUCAAAAUGUAGUGGUAGUUCAAAACGUAGUAGUAGUUCAAGAUCUAGUAGUAGUUCCAAAUCUAGUGGUAGUUCUAAAUCUAGUGGUAGUUCUAAAUCUAGUGGUAGUUCUAAAUCUAGUGAUAGUGAUAGUAGUAAAUCUAGUCAAAGCUAUUCGUCAUCUACAAAAAAAAGAAAACACAAAAAAAAAUUAAUGAAGAAGAAAAAGAAGAAAGGAAAAGAGGAAACAAAAAUGAAUAUAAAAGAUAAAAGUGAUAAUGCAAAUGAAGAAAUUAAAAAAAAAAAAGAGUUUGAUGAACAUAUAUAUGAUAGUAAAGAAAUGAUAAGAUUAACAAUAAAUAUAUUACAAAAUUAUAAUUUUUUGAAUAAUUUAAAAAUACUAUAUAAAAAGUUAGAUAAUAAAAAAAAAAUAUCUUUAGAAAAUAUAAAAGAUUUAAAAUUAAAAAAAAAAUUAAGACAUUUAUUACGUUCUUGGAAAUUAGAAAAAAAAGAUGAAUAUUAUAAAAAACCAAUAAAUUUUAGAGAAAAUAUAUAUGAUAUAUUUAAUAAUUUAUUAUAUUAUUUUUUAUCUAAAAUAGAUAUAAAUAAAUUGAGAGAAAAUAUUUCAAAGAGAAGAGAAUUAUUAUCAAAUAAAGAAAAUAAUAAAUCUAAUAAUUCUUCAACACAACGUAAAUUAUCUAAUAUAUCAGAUUAUUAUUUAGAAAAUAUAAAUGAGUAUGUUUAUGAUGAUGAAAAUUUAUUAAAUGAUUUAAGACAAAAUAAUUCUUCCAAUUUAUUAGAAAAUUCAAAUCAUAUACCCAUAAAAAGUUUAAGAGAAUUACAUGAAGAAGGAUUUUUUAAAAACAGUAAAGAAAAUUAUAAAGAAUUUGUAGAAAAACAUAAAGAAGUUGAUUUAUGGGGAAAAAAUGAACAAGAACAAAAAUAUUUAUUAAGUUCAAAAAAUAAACCAAAUGAAAGAAAAAGAUUUGACAGAGAAACGGAUUUGUGUAUAAAUAAAUUUGUAAAUAAGCAAGACUAUAAAAAGUUAAUAAAAAAUACGAAGGACCAUGUUGAUGAUAAAUUUCAUAAAACAGGAAAUAUGAUAUAA